UGUCGUCUCGUCUUGUCUCGCUUUAGUUCUGCCGGAAGCAAAGCGUAAGAGGAUUAUUAUUCUUUGCUUUGAUGAUGUCCUCUUAUGGAGAUAGACUGAAGUCGACAUCCAUUAAUGGAGUUAAGUUAUACCAUGUUUCAUCUGCUCCCAAUGUUGCUUCUUGGCUUAACCCUAAGAAGCAACGAGCUCUCCGCAAAAAUCCUCAUUAUAUGCAAAGAGUGGAGCUUAUUCAGGAUUUGAAGUUUGAGACUGCCACUACUAGAAUCAAAGCUACUCCUGAUGGAGAGUAUCUUAUUGCUUCAGAAAAAAAUGUCUCCUUGUGUGCUGAAUCAGGUAUACAUCCACCACAGGUCAAAGUUUAUGAGCUAAGUCACCUUGCUUUGAAGUUUGAGAGACAUUUGGACUCUGAGAUAGUUGAUUUCGAGAUAUUGGAUAAUGACUACUCAAAGCUCGCCUUCUUAUGUGCUGAUCGUUCUAUCAAUCUACACGCCAAAUACGGGAAACACCACAGUUUACGAAUCCCAAGGAUGGGGAGAGACAUGACAUAUGAUAAAUGGUCUUGUGAUCUGCUUUGCGCUGCUUCAUCACCAGAUCUCUACAGAAUCAACUUGGAGCAGGGAAGGUUUCUUUCUCCUUUCAGCACUCAAUCCCCAGCGCUGAAUGUUGUUUCUAGAAGCAAUCUCCAUGGAUUGAUUGCUUGUGGUGGUGAGGAUGGUGCUGUCGAGUGUUUCGAUAUGAGAAUGAAAUCAUCUGCUGCUAGAAUCAAUGCGGUUGCACAUGGUGGUGAUGCUGCUGCGGAGGUUACUGCUAUAGAGUUUGACGACAGCGAAGGUCUUCAAGUAGCUGUCGGAAGUAGUGCCGGAAAGGUGUUCAUAUACGACUUGCGGACUUCGUCUCCAAUACAAGUGAAGGAUCACAUAUAUGAGAGCCCAAUUUUGAGUAUUAAGUGGCAGCGGACUAUUAACACUCAAGAACCUAAGCUGAUUACUACUGACAAGCAAAUUGUUAGAAUAUGGGAUCCGAAUACGGGAGAAGGUAUGACCAGCAUCCAACCUACGGAAGGAGGAAUAAACGACAUUUCUGUGUUCCCUGGAAGUGGGCUUAUCCUUCUUGCUUUAAACUCUAGCCUUAUCCCAUCUUACUUCAUACCUGAACUUGGUCCUGCUCCUAGAUGGUGUUCACCUCUUGAAAACCUAACGGAAGAGAUGGAGGAAACUGGACAGACAACUAUUUACGAUAAUUACAAGUUCGUGACUAAGGAAGAUCUGGAGAAGUUGCAGCUGACUGAUUUGAUUGGCACAAAUCUUCUUAAAGCUCAAAUGCAUGGAUACUUUAUAAAUCACCAUCUUUACAAAAAAGCUUUGCCAGUGGCUGAAAAUUACCGAGAAAGCAAAAUUCAAGAGAAACUAGAAGCUGAACGUAUCCAGAGAAUCACAAAGAAGAUAAAAUUGCCAAAGGUUAACCGUGAUCUCGCAGCCACCAUCCACAACGAGGAGGAUGAGGAAGCUGCAAAGAAACUGUCGAAGAAGAAGAAACCUGGACUUAGUGGCGAGGAUUUCUCUGGUGGUCGGUUUGACAACAUGUUCCAUAAUCCGGACUUCCAAAUCGAUCCGGAAUCAUAUGAAUAUCGUGUUCUACACCCUGUUGCUUCUUCUACGAAACAACCUUCUUUGUUAGAUGAACACUUUGAAGCUGUAACAGAUGAUGAUGAGAAGAGCGAUUCUGAUGCAUCACAUGGUUCAGACGAUGGGAGACCAAGCAAGAAAUCGAAAACUCCAAAGUUGUUUGUAGUGAAAAACGAGCGGCAUGCUGAAGCUUUCCACAACGGUAGAUCACUGGGUAAAGAAGACAGUCUUCCAAUGGGCGAGCGUCUUAAGGCUAUAGAGAACCAGCGUGGCAACUUUCGAGCCUCCAGAGAUGUUAAGUUCGGUCCUGGAGGUUCCCGGGAGAUUUCUUUCAACGCUAGACGCUCAUCCACAUACGAAGAAGAUAGAGAGGAUGAGGAUGGGGACGGGCAAAGAAACAGGAGGAGAGGAGUUCAGUCUCUUGGACUGAAACAGGAUGUUGUCAGAGGAAGCAGAGGUGGACGUAGUGGUUCCCGAGGAAGAGGUGGACGUGGUUGCGGGGGAAGAGGCCGCCGAUGAUAAAUUUUGCUGUUAGAGGCCGCAUAUUACUUUGGAAAGAAAAUAAUGGGUCCAUUAAGAGAUAUUUUGAUCAUAUUUACAAUUUUGGAACAUUUUCGACACCUGUUCUUGAAAUGUUUUACUCUAAAUGUCUGAAUUAGAGCAAAAUCGUUUUGCUUUCUUGUGUUAAAGCCUUAAAGGUAAUAAUGGGGGUGAUUGGUUUGGUCGUAGAAAAUUUACUGUGGGAUUUAAGCUGUAGAAUUUUUUGAUUUAGCUUUAAGUGAUAUAGAUUUAAAAUUUA